AUGGGUUGUGUUGGACUUCUGAUGCGUCGGGAGGGGGCAGUGCUCCAGCCCAGCUUGGAGCCGUGCGUGUGUUUGCGUGGACAGGGACGCGUAUGUGCAGCCCUGCGAUGUUUUCGUGGGGCGGCUUGCGGAUGCGCCUGUGAGGUGACCGAUGGAUGCGUCUAUAAGGCGGCUUGUGGAUGCGUCUGUGAGGUGACCAAUGGAUGCGCCUGUGAGGCGGCUUUUGGAUGCAUCCGUGAGGUGACCGAUGGAUGCGUCUAUGAGGCGGCUUGUGGAUGCGCCUGUGAGGCGGCUUGUGGAUGCGUCUGUGAGGUGACCAAUGGAUGCGCCUAUGAGGCGGGUGAUGGAUGCGCCUGUGCGGCGGCUGGUGGAUGCGUCUGUGAGGCGACCGAUGGAUGCGCCUCACAGGAAGUCCAUGCCGAGCAGAAGGUCGUCCAGCACGUCCGCCGUGAUGAGAGCUGA